UGUAAUCGUGAAACUGAGAAAAUUCAAAGAGGUCUUGUAUCAGUAUAUAGUCGAAAGUCUCACAGUCGUUCUCGAUCUUUAACCGUAUUGAUAUGUCCUGGCUUUUGAGGAGUUGUUCGCCGGCGAAAACUUUAGACUCAUAGCCAAUUUUUUUUAUAGAUAUCAAUUUCAAAAGUGAACAACGUAUAUAUUAUAUAUAUAUUUGGCAAGGCGUAAUUUUAUGUGUGCAACACAAAAGACAUUUUUAAUAUUGAUCUUGAAAGAAAGAAACGGAGAUUAUUUUUUUUCUUUUAAAAUAUAAUAUAAUAAAAGUUUUAUUUAAUUAAAUUCUGCAUAUUGUGUGUGAUUUAUCACACUCAGAGAAAUAUUAUGAUAAGAAUCAAGAAUUAAACUUAUCUAUGAGAGAAAAUUUCAACCCACAUAUGAGACAUAUUUUCUUUUAUUCUUCAAGUGAAACAAAAAAGAAUGGAGCUGCUGGUGCCUACAGUGUCGGAUAUAAUUUUUAAAUAUUCUUGGCCAAUUUCACGUUACAAAAAGACAAUAGCUAAAAGUAAUUACAUUGAUAGUCCGCCUUUUAGUAUAAAUGUUAAUGGAAUUCACAGUACCUGGACACUUUCAAUUCGAUUUUGGAAAGGCCCUGAAGGGAAGAGAAUUACGAAUCCAGUUGUUUUAUGUUUAAAUAUGUUAAAAUGCACAGUGGAGGAAACGGAACAAGUAAAAGUUAGAUUUCAAUUUGCCGUUUUCAAUGCAGAUGUUAAUCACUGGGAAUAUUGUCACGUCAGUAGAACAAUAUUAGAAUUAAAAUCAACAUCCGAUAUAAUAUCACUGGGUUAUAGAGAUUUGUCAAUUGUCGAUCGACAUUUCAAGAAAAAUGGCGAUGUCGUUGUAAUGGUGAAAAUACAAAUAAUUCAAUGUGAAAGUGAAAAACAUUGUCUAUCUCAGGAUAUGGCGAGACUUUUGAAACAUGCACGUGCAGCUGAUACAAAAUUAACCUGUGGAGGAACAAAUAAUACCGAGAUUGCAGUUCACAGUAGUGUUAUUACAGCUCGAAGUUCAGUAUUGGCGAAUAUGAUAUCGCCAAUGGAAAAUGAUAAUUUCGAGGGUGAUUCAAAUGAAAAAAAAAUGAAGAAAGAAAAUGAUAGUGAAGCACAAAUGAAAAGCGUCAAUAAUGGAGAGGAAGAUAAAAAUGUGGACACGCAGCUGAAAUUCAAAUUGGAGUUGAAAGACCUAUCGAAAGAAGUCACGGAAGAACUUCUUCGUUAUAUUUAUAGCGACCACGUUGAUAAUUUGGAUACCUUGGCGCCACAGUUACUAUUUUUGGCUGGAGAGUUUCAUUUACAAGGAUUGAAAGAGUUAUGCGAGAGAAAUUUAAUUGAAACGAUAACGCCGGAAAAUGUGGCAACGAGACUUUUAAUAGCCGACGAAUUUGGCUGUGACGCAUUAAAAAGAGCCGGUUUGGCAUAUUGCGAGGAAAAUGCAAUGAGUAUAACGAAAAAUUUCGCCUGGAAAAUGAUGGAACAAGUGAAUCCAGAAUUAUUUCACGAAGUUUGUGAAGCUGGAAUUGGAGGAUCAUUAUCUAGCAAUAUGGAUGACAGCGAACUAAGCAAUUAGGCAAUAAUUUAAAUUCAUAUUGAAUUGUAAUAAAAUGUCAAUUUACAUAUAUUCAAAAUUAUCCGAUUGAUGUGAAAUUAUUUUAAUAUAAAUUAAAUUAGUGGAAACUUAA